CGACAGCGGGAUGCUAGCCUGACUUCCAUAUCGCGUGCCAGCACUCUCCAUCCCGGCCUGGGCUGUUUUACUUUCCGCCCGCUUUGCGGCUUUUCCCGUCUUAUAAAAGCAUGAUUGGAAGUCCGUUGGCUUUCUAUUCGUUCGCCAUUUUUGCAAGACACACCCGGUGUGUAGUAAACACGCAAAAGCAAGCUAGUGCUGUCUUUGCCUGUUUAAAUAACAGAAACGUUGUGAUUUCUCAAUAACUCGUAUGCAAGAGUAGACGGAAUUGUUUGAUUUGGGAAGCGUGAAUCUUAAGAAUUUCAUAAAAGAUGGCUACCACAUAUCGAUAUUCAGAUUGCUGUAGGCUCCGGAUACAGAAUCUGUGUGGGCCCGAUCAUGUGGCAUUGAUUGAGAGGUCACAGACUGCGAGGACAUAAAUCAGGAGAAGUGGGAGCGGGAGCUGAGGGAAGCUGGGAGUCUGGAUGAGCUCCUAAUGUUGACAGAGUAUCCGGAUUGGAAGCUGUGGAGAUGCAGACUCAAGCUGAAGCACUUUGACGAUGCCACACAGCCUGAAAACCGCAGAUCCACUCGAUACGCGGCCACAUCAUUUAGCCCACAGAUGCUAAAAGACAUUGAUGAAGAAUGGCAAAAAACACAGUGUAUGCCAAGAGAGACGUGCGUGGAUGUGGCCAAAGAGCUGGGCACAAAUACAGCUGUGUUCUUUAAGCCGCCCUGCGUCUCUGUCUUCAGGUGUGGCGGCUGCUGCAACAAAGAGGGAGUUACCUGCCGUAAUUCAAGCAUGACAUAUGUCAAUAAAACUAUUUUGAGUGUGAGUCUGGCCCCUUUCAAAUCUGGACCGGAGCCAGUGCUGGUGAAAGUAGCCAAUCACACCGAGUGUAAGUGCCAGGAACACACGAUGAUCCGCAGACAUGUUCGUGAGAAGCACAGAAAGAACGGCUAUACGACUUCAGGUAAAGCAGAAGACAUCAAGAGGCAAUGUAAUCGAGGUUAUAUAUGGGACUGGAUUGCAGAGCAAUGUGUGGCGUACCCAUCCAAUAAACAAGAGCCACCAUCCGCCAUCAGUGCAGAGGACUGUGAAAUUGACUCAGAGACGUGUGAAUGUAUCCCAAAAAUAAGGACACACAGAUCACAUCAUACGUGACACAAUUCAACAA